AUGGCAGAGACACAAAAAAAGCAGAAGGUGGUUAUUGUCGGCGCGGGUCCAGUGGGAUCUCUUGCAGCUCUUUACGCUGCGGGCAGAGGCGAUGACGUCGAGAUUUAUGAGCUGCGUGGAGAUCUCCGCGAUGCCGCCACCAUCCCAUUGAAUUUCACCAAGUCCAUCAACCUCGCUCUAUCCGAGCGUGGGCUUACGGCUAUGCAGCAAUCCAGUCGGCAGGAGUUGAUUGACAAGGUCAUGCGCGAGACAAUCCCUAUGCAUGGUCGAAUGAUCCACGGCAGAGAUCUCGGCCAGCUCUGGGAAGCUGCGCAGGCCUAUGAUGUCCACGGCCGGGCAAUUAAUGCAGUAGACAGAGGAACACUGAACAAUGCUCUCCUUGACGAAUUGGAAAAAACACCCAAUGUGAAGAUGUUCUUCAACCACAAACUAACCGGAGCCGACUUCAAGGAAAACAAAGCAUGGUUCGAACGUCGCUUACCAGGGGAAGAACCCAUUUCAAACUCGUCCAAUCGUGCAACUGAAAUUGAAGUCUCAUUUGACUACUUGAUCGGGGCAGAUGGCGCCCAUUCUGCCUCAAGAUACCACAUGAUGAAGUUUGCCCGGGUAGAUUAUCAGCAGGAAUAUAUCGACACAUUAUGGUGUGAAUUCCGCAUCCCCCCGUCAGACGACGGAAACUUUCGCAUCUCCCCGAAUCACUUGCACAUCUGGCCUGGGAAAGAGUUCAUGUUCAUCGCCCUGCCUUCAGCUGACAAGUCCUUUACAUGCACCUUGUUCGCGCCAGCCUCACACUACACCGAUCUGGAAAGCUCACCGCAGAAUCUCGUUGAAUUCUUCGAUCUUCAUUUCCCCGGCGUCUGCCCAGACCUGAUCACUCCAGAUGCGCUGAAAGAACAAUUCAUCAUCAAUCCCCAUCUCCCACUGAUCAGCAUCAAAUGCAAGCCUCACCAUUUCGGCUCUAGCGUCGUCAUCCUCGGCGAUGCUGCCCACGCCGUCCUCCCCUUCUACGGCCAAGGUCUCAAUGCAGGCCUCGAGGACGUCCGGGUCCUCUUCGACCUCCUGGACAAACAUGACGUGUACGACUCGGAAGCCAGCAUGUACAACCGGACUCUAUCCCGUCAAGCUGCCUUCGAGGCAUACACCAACCAACGCUCCGCCGACACCCACGCUAUAAAUGACCUAUCCAAGCAAAACUACCUCGAAAUGCGAUGGGGCGUCAAAUCCCCACUGUACAAACUUCGCAAGUCCGUCGAAGAAGCGCUGGAUCGUCACCUUCCUAGCCUGGGUUGGCAGACUCAGUACUCCCGCGUUAGCUUCAGCACCCAGCGCUAUUCGGACGUCAUCCAGGCAGCCCAGAGACAAGGCAUCGUGCUCAGUCUCUGUCUGGGAUCUGUUGUUGCUUCCGGAAUUGGCGCUACAGCGCUUCUCAUGUGGAAGUAUCCCAGGCAGUUCUCCCCCAUGUGCGCCAUCCGCUGCUCGCUGCGACAAUUGGGGUCGGUUUGGGCGAACGUCUUGCGAAAGGUUACUUAG